CCGUUUUUGUCGUAAUCGCGCGCGCGUGUCUGAAUUUCAAGGGCAGUUUCUUUUCUAACAGAUUUGCUAAGGGCAGGGUAAAGCACAGAUUCUGCUACGGGGUAGUACAAAAGUUUUACUAGUAAUUUUUAGCAACAUUCAUCAAUGAAAACGUUUCGGAUAACACUAAGCAACAUCUGUUUUGCCGUUUGUGGCCUUAUGGUCGGAAUUUUCUUUUUCGGCUUUUUGCGCGAGUAUCCAAAGUCUCUUUUUCGACAGGUAAUGUAAAUACUUACUUUGAUACUUUUUUAUCUUUCACCGAACCUUUUAACCUUUUAACAGAGGUUGGAUCAUAGGAAUAAUUGCUGGCCAACCCUAGUUGUUGAAAGGUUUCAUGCGGAGUACUCCUGUACUAAUUGUAACUUGUUUAUCGCAUAUUGGGUUUGACGGGACUCAGUGAUACCGUGACACACUCUCCUGCUGCGUUUGUCCCAGAGCAACCGGAAAUGGAUGAAGCCCGUGCUUUUGUGGAAAAAAAGCUGAAGGAACACAAGGUUGUUGUGUUUUCUAAAACGUAUUGUCCGUACUGCAAAAAAGCCAAGGGCGUACUUGCAAAAUACAACAUCGCCCCGGAAGAACUUGACAUUACUGAACUGGAUAAAAUGGACUCAGGAAAGGCCGAAUCUGUUCAAGACUACAUGGAAACUUUGACCGGGGCCCGCAGCGUUCCGCGAGUUUUCAUCGACGGGAAAUUUAUCGGUGGUGGAGACGAUACCGAAAGACUAGACAAAUCCGGGAAAUUGAAAGAUAUUUUGGACACUGCUGGCGUUCGCUAAAAAUCGGCUGUCCACUUCAAAGUACCAGCUUCUACUGAGUAAUUAUUUUCAAGCUCCUGUUUGUUUGAUAUCACUGUCGUGCCUACGCAAUCAUCGGUCUCUGACAGUUGCUAGCUGUUUUCAGAUUACUGAACUUCUAAUAAUUCCGAGCCUUUAUUAAUUUGUAAUUUCGUAUCGUUCGAAAACAUUGCCAGUGCUGACACACCAUGACUAUUGCCGUUCGCGGUAAAAUGUUGCGUUAUGGAAUUCUUAUGUUAUCUUUGGUGGUCUUUUGCUUUUUAAAACAUUGAAGAAUGCACUGAACAUGUAUACGAGAUCUACAGUACCAAUGUACCGUGUACGUAA